GAGGAGGUUCCCGAGCCAGAGUCCUUUAUUUAUUUCUUUGUGUUCAGUGAGGGGAAGAAAAAAAAAAAAAUAACAACAGUAGCAGCAGCAGCGGCGGCUUAAACACCACAGACAGGCACUUUAUUUAUUAUUAUUACCGUUGUUUCCUGCAGCAGGAAAACUGGAUACGACCACGGCUGCUGCUCGAAGGCCGAAGCCAAGGGGGGGAGGAUGAAGCGGCGCAAUGCGGACUGCAGCAAACUCCGACGGCCGCUGAAGAGGAACCGGAUCACCGAGGGGAUCUACGGCAGUACCUUCCUCUACCUGAAGUUCCUGGUGGUGUGGGCGCUGGUGCUACUUGCAGACUUUGUACUUGAGUUCAGGUUUGAGUACCUGUGGCCAUUCUGGCUCUUCAUCCGGAGUGUGUACGACUCAUUUAGAUACCAGGGGCUGGCCUUCUCAGUAUUCUUUGUGUGCGUGGCAUUUACCUCGGACAUAAUUUGCCUCCUCUUCAUCCCAGUGCAAUGGCUGUUCUUUGCUGCCAGUACCUAUGUGUGGGUGCAGUAUGUUUGGCACACAGAAAGAGGCGUCUGUCUGCCCACAGUAUCUCUAUGGAUACUGUUCGUAUACAUAGAGGCAGCCAUCAGAUUCAAAGACCUGAAGAAUUUCCAUGUGGACUUGUGCCGUCCUUUUGCUGCUCAUUGCAUUGGAUAUCCAGUGGUCACGUUGGGCUUUGGCUUCAAGAGCUACGUCAGUUAUAAAAUGCGUCUGCGUAAACAGAAGGAGGUACAGAAGGAAAAUGAGUUUUAUAUGCAGCUCCUACAGCAGGCUCUGCCUCCAGAGCAACAGAUGCUUCAGAGGCAAGAGAGAGAAGCUGAAGAAGCUAAAGGAAUAUCAGAAGUGGACACACCUCCAGUGUCGCAGAAUGGUGCCCCUGCCAAUAAAAAGACAUCGGUGCCACUGCCAGAGCUAGAGUAUAGAGAAAAAGGGAAAGAAGGAAGAGCCGGCAGUGACGCAAAGAAACAACACAACAGCAUCCUGCCAUCAUCAGUGGACUCUAAACUCCAUGAGAUGGAGUAUAUGGAGAACCAUAUGAACAACAAGAGACUGACCACAGAGCUGGGCAGCACGGAAAACCUGUUGCUAAAAGAGGAUAACAAUUCCUCUUGUUCUUCCUCAUCAUCCUCCUCCUCUAAAAAUUACAAAAAUGCGAACAGCAAUGCUGCAACGCUCAAUUCCUCACCCCGUGGCCAUAGUGCCACCAAUGGAAGCGUGACUUUCUCUCCACCGACAUCUUCAGCUUCCACUGUGAAGAACGAGAAGAAGCACAAGCCACCGGUGGGAAAAGGGACAUCAGGUGGCUCACAUAGGGAUCCCAGCGACAACUGCAUCCCCACCAGCCCGCCAAGCAAGCCAGAGGCCCUGGUUAGAUUGGAGCAGGACAUUAAGAAGUUGAAGGCAGACCUGCAGGCCAGCCGGCAGGUUGAACAGGACCUACGCAGCCAGAUCGGCUCGCUGGGAAGUGCAGAGCGCUCCAUACGCACCGAGCUGGGCCAGUUACGACAGGAAAAUGAGCUGUUGCAGAACAAGCUACAUAAUGCUGUGCAAGCAAAGCAAAAAGACAAACAGGCCGUAGGCCAACUGGAGAAAAGGCUUAAAGCAGAGCAAGAGGCGAGAGCUACUGCAGAGAAGCAGCUCGCAGAGGAAAAGAAGCGAAAGAAGUUAGAAGAGGCCACAGCAGCCAGAGCGGUAGCACUAGCAGCAGCAUCCAGAGGGGAGUGCACAGACACGCUGCGGCGGCGUAUUACUGAACUAGAAACGGAGUGUAAAAAAUUCACAAUGGACAUCAAGCUAAAGGAGGACCAGAUACGAGAGCUUGAAUUAAAAGUGCAGGAGCUUCAUAAAUAUAAAGAAAAUGAAAAAGACACAGAGGUGUUGAUGUCAGCGCUGUCAGCCAUGCAGGACAAAACCCAGCAUCUGGAGAACAGCCUGAGUGCAGAGACCAGGAUCAAACUAGACCUCUUCUCCGCACUUGGAGACGCCAAGAGGCAGCUGGAGAUUGCACAAGGUCAAAUCUUGCAGAAAGACCAGGAAAUCAAAGACCUGAAGCAGAAGAUAGCAGAAGUGAUGGCUGUCAUGCCCAGCAUCUCUUACACAGCCGACACCAGCAGCAUGACCCCCGUGGCCCCCCAUUACUCCUCAAAGUUUAUGGACACCAAUCCCUCCAGCCUGGACCCCAACGCUUCCGUUUACCAGCCUCUCAAAAAGUGAAUGCUUUUGUUCCAGCUUCUUCCUCACCUCCAUCUACCCUUCCAGCAUUUUUACUUUCCCUGCAGGCCCCCAUCAUCUUGCAGCUGAGAUCUGUUUCUUUUUCUGUUUCUCUCCUCGCCAGGUCAGAAGGAUGUUGUAUUGUGUGACUGUAUUUGUUGUAGUUAAAACAAAAGGCAAAAAAAACGGAAAUCCCAUGUCAAGUAGGAAGCCCCAGUUUGUUUUUCUCUCUCUCUCUCUUAAGUGUCUCGUAAGACCUCACAGAUUCAGGUGUGUAUCUUCAUAUCAAGGGUGUCACACUCACUUCCCAACCAGCACUGCAACCGGUUAGUGGGUCUUUGGUUCUGGGAAUAAGCUGCUGCAUUUUCUUUAAGUUGAUAAUCCCAUCCUAAAACUGGAGACCAGUUCUUUCAUCCACGCUGCAUCCAAAUUACUAUAACAGAUAGUUGUCCUAAACUACAGCAGCAUUUGAAUAACCAAAGGAAUGUAGUGCAAAGACGGAACAGACUGAUCAUGAUUAAUUUACUAUUUUGCAGACUAAAUUCAGCCUGCUUUCAUCCGUUUUAAUAGUUUUAAAAGCAUUUUUUGCAUGGCUCUAUAUGUUAACGACUAAAUUUAAAAUUAUUUCAACAAAUUUGAGACAUUGUUGGCAAAAUCUGAUUAUAAUCUGUUGCAAGCAGUAACAUUGAACCCUGAAAGAAUGUGAACCCAAGCAGGAUUGAGGAUGUUACUUUGGAUUCUCCAAAGCAACAACUGGUUAUGUUUUGUGAAAGUUUUGAGCUGGCAGAGAGCAGUAAGAGAAGUCCGUGUUUGUAAGUGUGCGUCUUCUCAUUGCUCUGCAGAGUUGUCACGUUCACAGUGCCUUGAGUUGAGGACAUACGAUGCCACCUAAACCUUUUCUAUUAGUUUGGAACCUGCUGGGACAAAAUUCCCUUCUGAAACGUUCAAUUUUGGGGACUUCCUACUGAUUUCUCCACAUGCCGGGAUCAUCAACGGCUUUUAUCAAUAUUAUUAUACACAGCACUUUUACCAGACACAUACAGACAGUACCAAAUUCAAGAUGGUUAAUUUGUUAUGUAAAUUUGAUGACAUGGGGGAAGCCACCACCAUCUAUAGCUCAUCACAACUCCUAAUAGAAGCUCAUCUCCGCUGCUGUUAAAUCCCAAAUCCUUCGGUGUAGUUGCUGGCCAGGAAAAAAACAAAACUGUAAAGUUGGACUGUGAAAUGUAAAGAGAGCUUUGGAAAUGCAGACUUAAUUGCUCAAGAUGAAACAAUUCAAUUAAUCUCCCUCUUCAGUUUGUGUGCCAAGACUGGAAUGCCCUUUUCUCUAGUAAUGUGUUCAAGAAUGUACCGCGAAAAACAUUGGCUUCAUACGUCACCUGUUAAAUAUCACGUCCUGGAAGUUUCCGUCAGGCGGGCUGAGACGGUGGUAAACUGUAGUAAGCUGAGUAGUACAAAAAAUGGGAGUGGGGAAAACGCAUUUCUUUUUGUGAAUGUUACAGUAUUUGCAGCAUUGGACAAGUGGAUGUUUUGACUCCCGUAUCUGGUAAUAUUUUUAUUUUCUCACAGAGAGAAAUCUGAGUUUGAUGUGGUUUCACCAUCACCUGAAACGGUCAUUGUUGUGCGUGUGGUUUUCACCUACUUUAUAUGGAGAUGCUUUUUCUUUUCACUCAGAUUGCUGUUGUUGGCUUCUUGAAAAAUGUCGUGAAAAAUUACAGUUUAGCCAGUCGUUCGGUCAACUGAUUGUUGAAAGUAUUGAGAAGUGUUUUGUUUGUUUUUUGUUUUCUAUGCCCACGGUCACUGUUCUGUUCCCCCCCAGGUCUGACCUUGGCUGCGCUCUCACUCUGUGAGGUUUACAAGGAAUAAAAACUAUUU